CCAUAUUCGAGAAGACCGAACGAUCCGUGUCGCAAGCAUCUUGCCAGAUAUCUUGCAAGCUGCUUAUUUUUCUUAUUAAACACAAGCAAAGUGUGUGUGACAAGCAAAUGUCCACGCCUGCAGAAGUGAACAACGCGAACUACGACUACAGUUUCGAAAACGACGAAGACCCGACUGUUAAUUGUACUAUAACGAUUCGUUGGGAUGGCAACGACAUGCCCCUCAGAGUCCCGCAGACAACGUGCACAAACACACGGAUCAAGGAUAUAAUCUCACUGAAAACCUGUGGUCGCCUACUUCCCAACCGUAUGCAUCUCUCGUAUAAUGGCGUCGAAGUUGGCUUACACCCGCCUGGUACCCUCAUAUCUGACCUUGGAGUUGGAGUUGACUCUGCUCUACUAACGUUGACCAUCCUCCCAGAGGUGAGCACAAGCACGCACAUUUCGAGGCGAGUUGAUAUGCCAGCUAUUCUCCCCUUGCACAAGAUAACGAAUAGCUUCAAAAAUGUAAAACGCAAGCGUGUUCGUGCCCAAGGCAACAAUGAGCGAUUCACAAGGGAGGAGGCAGAGGCUCUCGUCACAGGUGUAUCCUCGUAUGGAAUCGGCAACUGGGUUAUUAUACUGAAACAACACUUCAAGAACUCAGCACGCAGCUCGGUAGAUCUAAAGGAUAAGUGGCGCAAUAUGUGUGCGGCCGCGUUUCGACCGCACGGUUUUAAGUUUCGUGUAUCUUACUUUACACCAGAUUUUUUGGCGAAGGUGCGGUCAGUCCAGGCAGAAGCAGAGCAGCGGUCACGUUUAAUGGCCAAGUCGCAGGAGCUCGAAUUGAGGGAUAAAAAAAACGCAAGGCUGGCAAAGUUGGCUGAACUUACUUCGGUGUAA